UUUAAGGCUCCGGGACAGAAGCAUCGAGCCUCAGGCUCCAGAAGGUUCACCAGGCCAGACAGCGAGUGGAGGGCAGGUCUGGGAGCCCCGUACAGAGCGCAGGGAGCCGGGCGAAGAACGGAGUCCCAAACGCUGUAUCUGCAGGAUGCUGGUCGACAUUGCCACCAGUCUCCACGCCCAGCGUCCUCGGGUUCUCAGAAAGGACUUGCAAGUUCACAGGUCCACACCGGGAACCGAGUGAGAUCGUAGCCCCUUGGGCUGCGUGCGGUGAGCACCCUGAGGCUGUGCUGACCUGCGCCGGGGAGCUAGCUACAACCCGUUUGGAGCAUCUCCGAGCCGGCGGAUACUGGUGGGUACCGGUCAAUACUGGUAGACGCGACUCCUCCGGGCACGAGAGCCCCUGACAAGAAAACUGUAGAAAAUGUAUGCAAGUCAUGAAGAUAUCGGGUAUGACCUUGAAGAUGACCCCAAGGCUAAGAAGACCCUGAAGCCUCACCCGGACAUUGAUGGCGGGUGGGCCUGGAUGAUGGUCCUUUCAUCCUUUUUUGUGCACAUCCUCAUCAUGGGCUCACAGAUGGCCCUAGGAGUCCUCAACGUGGAGUGGCUUGAAGAGUUCCACCAGAGCCGCGGCCUGACUGCCUGGGUCAGCUCCCUGAGCAUGGGAAUCACCUUGAUCGUGGGACCUUUCAUCGGUUUGUUCAUUAAUACCUGCGGGUGCCGCCAGACAGCAAUCAUUGGAGGGUUGGUGAACUCCCUCGGCUGGGUGUUGAGCGCCUAUGCAGCCAACGUGCAGUCUCUCUUUAUUACCUUUGGAGUGGCAGCUGGCCUCGGCAGUGGAAUGGCCUACUUGCCAGCAGUGGUCAUGGUGGGAAGGUAUUUUCAGAAGAGACGGGCCCUAGCCCAGGGCCUUAGUACCACAGGGACAGGAUUUGGGACAUUCCUGAUGACCGUGUUGCUGAAAUACCUGUGUGCAGAGUAUGGCUGGCGGAAUGCCAUGUUCAUUCAAGGUGCAGUAUCCUUGAACCUGUGUGUUUGUGGAGCACUCAUGAGGCCUCUCUCUCCUGGAAAAGUAGAAAACUGCCCAGGAGCAGAGGAGCCGUGUGCCCUCCCAGCUUACUCCACUGAAUCUGUGAAGUCAGGACUACCGCUGGGCAUGACUGAAGAUCAAGACAGAAGGCCUGGGAAGGAGGAGACUAUCUGUGACCUUCAAACACAAGAGUGUCAAGGUCAAACCCGUGCCAGGAAGAACCUGUGUGCUUUCCGGGUUCUGAAGACUGUGGGCCAACUUACUGUGCGAGUUCAGAGGGGCUUUAGGGACUGGUACUCGGGCUAUUUUGGGACAGCCUCACUCUUCACCAACCGCGUGUUUGUUGCCUUUAUUUUCUGGGCUCUGUUUGCAUACAGCAGCUUUGUCAUCCCUUUCAUCCACCUGCCAGAAAUCGUCAGUUUGUAUAGCCUGUCAGAGCAAAACGAUGCAUUCCCUCUGACCUCGAUUAUAGCAAUACUGCACAUCUUCGGGAAGGUGAUCCUGGGGGCCGUGGCUGACCUCCCCUGUAUCAGCGUCUGGAACGUCUUCCUCAUUGCCAACUUCACCCUGGUCCUCAGCAUCUUCCUUCUGCCAUUGAUGCAUACCUAUGCGAGCCUGGCUGUCAUUUGUGCCCUGAUUGGGUUUUCUAGCGGCUAUUUCUCCCUCAUGCCUGUGGUGACGGAGGACCUGGUUGGCACCGAGCACUUGGCCAAUGCCUAUGGCAUCAUCAUCUGUGCCAAUGGCAUCUCAGCCUUACUGGGACCACCAUUUGCAGGGUGGAUCUUCGACAUCACACAAAAAUACGAUUUUUCCUUUUAUGUAUGUGGGUUGCUUUACAUGCUAGGAAUACUCUCUUUGCUCAUUCAACCAUGUAUUCAGAUGGUAGGACAAUCCAGAAGAAAGUAUGUAGACGGUGCACAUGUUUAGAGUCGUGUAACGUUUGGUGUGGAUUCCCUCCUCAUGCCGUGCUCACCUGGCUGCUAGAGGAACGCUCGGUGUGGUAACUGGCGGCGUCGCUUGUAGAUGCCACUGUCGUCACUUCAUCAGUAAGCGUGACCUCUCUGCAGAGGUGGCACGUGGUCUUAGAGAUGACGGUGUUUGUAGCUUGUUAAAUAGUUGGUACAGAUGCCCUUAGGAAUAAACUUUCAAGCCAGGCAUGGUGGCAGAUGCCUGUAAUCCCAGCUCUAGGUGGAGGUAGGAGGAUCAGAGGCUCAAGCCUCUAUCACCUAGUGAGUUCUGGGCCAGCCUGGGCUAGAUGAGACCCUGAAA